GUUGUUCACUUCAGACUGCCGACUCGGUGCGCACCGUGAACGAAACGAACAAAGCCUCCAAGGGGAAAAAACAAAACAAAACCCAAAACAAAACAAAACAACGGAGCCAGGAUGUCCAACUACGCGUACUGCGAGUCCCGGCGCGUCAGCCCCGCCGUCCACGGGAACAAGUUUGACACGGCGCACCGCAAGAGAGCCGUGGCCAACAUCUUUGAAAACGUCAACCAGGACGCGCUGAUGAGGCUCUUCCAGAAAACGGGCGACAUGAAAGCGGAGGAGCGGGUGAGGAGCAUCUUCUCUUUCACCCAGGACCCCGAGGAGACGGCCAAAGCGCUCAUGGCGCUCAAGCAGCGAAAGAAGGACAAGUUCCUGCAGAUUGCGGGCAUGGUGCGGCAGCUGCUCAAAAUGCGUUGACUGUUUCGUCUCUGUCGGCUCUGCGAGAGCCGCAUUUUAACGCACUAUCACCGGUACUGAUGUCAGGUGGUGUACCUGUAACACCUGGCGCCGGACACGGCAGCGUCGGGUUGGACGUGAAGCCAAGCCAACGAACGGCCCGAGGGCCACAAAGCAUGUCACUAUUGGAAGAGGACGAGAGGUGACAGUACGAGGCGGGGUCGUGCCGAGUAACAAAGGGCUGGAGAGAGCGCGACGGCAUGAUUGGAACUAUGAAGGGCUGUUCUUCAGCAGACCCCUGCGUUCCAGCUCGAGACCACUGGCAUUCCCAAACAAUGCGUGACUCUGAACCGCACCUUAUGCAGGUGCACGCUGAAGCGUUGAUGCUGGUGCACGACUGCAACAAGACUUGAGAAACUGCCUAAAAAAAACAAUGCCUGUCCUAUCGAAAAUGCCUUGUUCCUGCAAUACCUUCGUUGUUGUAACAUCAACACUAUUCAUUAGUGGUCACUGGUGUCUUUUGUCACAGCCAUGUUGUAGCACAAAAUGCAUUGCAAAUAUGAAAUGUCGCCUUUUUUCUUUCUUUUUUUGCCAUUUCUAAUAAAUUAUUUUAUA